GGGCAGAGCGGAUGUUGUGUGUGGAGCUAACAGGCUAACAACUAAUAGGCUAACAGCUCGGACCCCGGAGAAUCCGUGAAGCGACUCAAACUGUCUGAACUCUCCGAGUGCCGGGUCCAAGCGCGUUUGAACUUAAUAGGGCCAACGUGCACGCGCCUCACGCCAAACCCCGCCGUGCACGCGCCCCCAGUCACCAUGGAAACCGAGGAGGACCUGUACGAGGUGGAGCGCAUUGUGGACAGGCGGCGCACCUGUCAGGGGCAGGUGCAGUACCUGGUGAGGUGGAGAGGAUAUGGCUCUGACUGUGACACCUGGGAACCUGAGGAACAUCUGGAGACCUGCUCACCACAUGUCCAGGAGUUUAACCAGCUCCUGUUAAAAGAGCGUCACAGAGUGCUGCAGAGGUCCACCCACAGACUGUUAAGCCCUGCCUCCAGUCCCGCCCCCAGCCUCAGGGACCUGAACAGAUCCGGGAUCAAGAUCCUGGUCCCAAAGAGCCCCAUGGUCCAAGUUCAGGAGCAGGACCAGGACCAGUCCAGACCUCUGCCGGAUUGCGUCCCGGCGAGCAGCCCCGCCCUUGAGACUCAGUGUGUCGGGACCAAAGCCACUCUGGGACCUGGAGAAGAACGAGCUCGCAUGGGGACGAGACCCAGACCCAGUCCAAACCAGAGCCAGAACCAAAGCCAGGCCCGGAUCCCUGUGAACCCUGGUCCCAUGAGGCCUGUGGGCUCCGGUGCAGCGCUGAUGGAGGGUGUGGCCAAUGGCGGUGGCGUUACUGCGGCUAAACGGCGCCUGGACGAACGCUUCGACAAGCGUCUACGCUUCAGCGUGCGACAAACUGAGAGCGCAUACCGAUACCGCCACCUAGUGGUCAGGAAACAAGACAGCUUCACUCACAUCAUCCUGUCCACACGGAAUUCCCAGAACAAUGCCCUGAACCCUGAGGUGAUGCGGGAGCUGCAGGGCGUCAUGGCGAUGGCGGCCUGUGACGACUCGAAACUGCUGCUGCUGUCAUCUGUGGGUCCAGUGUUCUGCUCUGGACUCGACUUCCUCUGGUUCAUCCCCAAACUGACCGAGGACCGGAGGAGAGAGAGUACCCGCAUGGCAGAGACUCUGAGGACUUUCGUGAACUCCUUGGUGCAGUUCCCGAAGCCGCUGGUUGCCGCGGUGAACGGUCCGGCCGUGGGUCUGGGGGCAGCCAUAUUGGCGCUGUGUGACGUUGUCUGGGCCAAUGAGAAGGCCUGGAUCCAAACACCCUAUGCCCAGUACGGCCACACACCCGACGGGUGCAGCUCCUAUACCCUGCCCCUCAUCAUGGGCCCUGCCGCUGCGGGGGAGCUGCUGCUGGGGGGGCGGAGACUGACAGCAUUGGAGGCGUGUUCUAAAGGCCUCGUGUCUCAGGUGCUCUGGCCCCACACCUUCAACCAGGAAGUGCAGCAGCGAAUCAGAGAGCUGCUCUCAGCUGACGCCCAGGUCCUGAAGGAGUCUAAGUCCUUGAUACGGUCCUGGUCCCGGUCUGGACUAGAACAGACCAAUGAGAGGGAGUGUGAGGCCCUGAAGAGGAUCUGGGCCUCGACAGAGUGGACUGAGGCCAUCCUGGAGUACCUGCAAAAACCCCAGGAGUUUUAACCCAAUGGAAGUACCCCCAUGAUGAGUACCCACAGGGACCACAGGAGUAUCCACAGAGACUACAUGAAAACCCAUGCGGAGUAUCUGCAAAAAAUCCAUGAAUUUUAUCCCCAUGGGGAGUACCAACAGGAAUACCUAGAGUGACUUCAGGAGUACUAACCCAAGAGGAAUACCCACAGAGACCACAUAAAUGCUGACCCCAUGGGAGUGCAUAAACGUACCGAUAGACUACAGGAAUAGUGACUCGAGUAGAGUGCCCACAGACUGGACUGUUCCCAUUGGCUGGAGUGCCCUCUGGAGGGUCAUCUGACUCAUAUUUAAUAAAUAUUUGAUUUAUUUUCAGAUUCAAAUUUUUGUGAUUUAUUUUAAAAUAGAAAGACUAGGUCAGUAAACCGAUUAUAAUUAUUCUGCUGAGUCACUACUCAGAAGCCGUUUAUUUAUGAUAAACAAUGUAAAAGUUC